CUGAUAAAACUAUAGAGAAAUGUAAAAAGAAAAUAUAAGUCAAUGUAACAUUGACAUUACAAAUUUCACAUUAUUUGUUUGUAAACAUGUACAGAAAAAUUCUAUAAACAUUUCUUUUAUUAAAUUUGUACAAUGAAUUUCUUAGAUCUACCGAUUGAAGUAGGGAUAUUAAUUUUGAAUUAUUUAGAUACAAAGUCAAAAAUCAACGCCUACAACAGUUGUAGUGGGAUCCGGGAGUUCUUUGCGCCGUGCCAUGUGAAGAGGCUCGCGCUGUCCCGCAGCGUGAUCGCCACGGCGCGGACCUUCUGCCACGCGCUGUUCGUAGAUAUGGGACAUCAUAUCAGGGAGCUAAACCUGAGCGGAGUGCCGGACCUUACGGCGAGAACGCUAAAACCACACAUCAGUAACUUCAUACAUUUGAGAACUUUGGACAUCACCUUCACCGACAUCUACUUGCCCGAUCUUAUAGAAAUUUGCCCCCGAUACUUGAAGAAUCUCGCCGUGAACUUCUUCAAAUGCCCGCGGCGAAGCAGGCGAGACAUGGUGUGGGACAAGUGCAAAGAGUUAUUCAAAACGAAAGAGUUCACCAGUAUUCACUUCGUAGUGUUCGAAUUCCUCGACUCUGACACCCCGCUGAUGUUCCUGGACGGAAUCUCGCUUAUCCAGGAUCUGCUGGUGACGGUUGCCGAUAAUUUCAGGGACUUCUGGGAUAUCGAAGAGGUUGACGUGCCGUUCAAUCACAUCGAUCACUACACCAUAAACUUCUCGAAGCUCUCCUACGUGUUCCGCGACUGCCGAGUCACGCACAAAACUGCUAAAUGUCUCAGAGGCGUCGCCAACCUAAACUUUGAACAGAUAGAAUACAUCUACAUUAUGUAUUUGGAAAAGAUCGUUGUGUACGUCUCUCCUGUCUUCAAAUCAAUAUUUCUGGUUAAUUGCAGCGAUUUACGGGUAGAGACUAGCUCAUUUCUGCCUUUGGAUUUCAUGUUGGAUGGCAACAUUAUAUUCAAAGCGUGGAACAAGCGGACGACAAAGUUUGAUGAACAAUUCAUGAAGAAUGUUAUUUUAGAAUUGCAAGAUUACUUUCCGUCGUACAUCUGCAUGCACGGCAGGAUCAAAAUGAAAAUAACGAACGCUCCGAGCGACUGGUACUGCAUCGACGCGUGCGAGGGCUUCGAAAAGCUCAUAGACGAUCUGCCCGAAAAAGUCACACUGACGGAUUUCUGCAGGAAAGACGGCGCCGUCAUCAGGUGCAACCGGCCCAUACGACUGACGUCCAAUUCGAAAACUUUGAACAAUUUGACUUUUCUGCGGCUGAGCAACAUUUGCAUCAGGGAGGACUUCUUCCAAAUUCUAUUUUCGCAAUGCUCCAAACUGGAGACCCUAGACAUCUACGCGGAGAAGCGCGGCCGACUGGGCGUGUUCCGCGGCUACACCGCGUCGCUGUCCAAAUCCAUAGAUCUGGCCGAGCGCUUGAAAAACGUCAAGAUGACUUCCGAGGACAUCGAGUACGAAACGCUCUUCGGCACUCUGAGCAGAUGCUCCACUUUGGAGAACGUGCACAUUUGCGAGUACGAACGCGCGCUGGGGGACCACGAGAUCGACGUGACGAGCAUGUUGUCUAUGAUAGAGCGGUGCGGCGGGCUUUAUAGCCUGUUCAUCGAGGCGGACAUGUCUCCGGAGCAGCUGACGUUGCUGAUGAGUCCGCUGCGGCAGGCGGCGCAGGCGCGCGCGCGCGACCACCUGCGAAUCGAAGUAUGCGACUGCUACCGCGGCUGGAACCCGUUCGUCGACGUCUUCAAUCCUAGCCCUUUGCACAUAUUAGAUUGAUCGAAUAUAAGUUUUUGUUGACCUUUAUAAUUUAUUUUUAUUUUGUUCUUUAAUUUAAUUU